UCCCUGAGCUCCCCAGCUCCAUCUCUGCUGUGCCUGAGCUGGUGGCAGUGGUGCCCUCGGAGUGUUCUCCUGCUGGGGGGCCGGAGGCCGGCUCUGUAAUGGAUCCUCACCAGGUGGUUACCGUUUAGAGGCUUUGAUCUCCUGCUGCUUGAUUUUUUUUUUCCAACCCCUCGAUUGAAUUUCUCUCGUGUAACCGAGCUCCACUGAUAUAUUCUGGCCAUAUAUAAUGGAUGGAGGUUGAGUGAGGAAACAAAAACAGCGCUGAAUAUCGGGAGCAGCCAUGCGGCUCCUGCAGUCGGACCCCCUCCCUGCCACUGCCCCACAGCUGUGUGCAGUUGGGCACAGGGUGCCUGCACUCACAUCCAGCCCUGACCCGUCGUUGGAUUGUGCAUCGCUUGACCUGGAGGUUGGUGCAGUGGAUACGUCAGGACGGUGGGUGCCAGGCUCCAUCCCUCCUCCAUCACCACAUCAUCCUAUUGAUGCUAAAGCCCGUCAAGGCUGUGCCAGCCCUGCUGUAUCGGCCGCAUCUUUGGCUCCUGCAAGGCGGGUGGUGAGCCGGCGGCUGAUGCCGGCCAGCACAUUUGCUUCACUAAUGAGGCUCCUUCUUUUCAAGGGCUUUGAGAUAACAACCCGUGGUGUGAACAGCAGCACUAGGAUCCAGUUGCUUGUUUUUUGCCCAGGACGGGGUGUGGGUAGCACAGUGUUCCUGGCUCCAUGUUCCUGGGGGGCCGCUGUGUCCCCUAUUCCCCCUGGCUCCAUGCAGGUGAGAAGCACCACGCUCUGCUGGAGGGGCACCCUUGGAUGAGCCUGCACCACUGAGCCCCAUCUCCUGCUGCAGCUCUGUGAGCACUGCCUGUGGCAGCGAGCCCUGAGGUGAGUGAGUGCUGGGAGAGGGGUUGGGGAAAAAGAAGGGCUGGCAGUGGAGGGGGGCACAGCCCCACGUGGCUAUGGAUAGGAGGGGUCCUGUCUCCGUGGGCAUCGUGGGUGUCCCCCAGGAUGUCCACCCACACAGACCCUCUGUGCCCUGGGGCAGCUGUUGUCCCUGCAGUUCAGCCCGAGGCAGGCAUGGGAACACUGCCCAAGCAGAUCAGAAAAGUGUCUGCAGCGGGGCCACUGUUGGGCAGGCGAGAAGGGAGCCAGGAAAGGUCUUUCCCAGCCCCCUGUGCCUCGGCCGUAUGCAGGGUCAGGUUGGGUUGCAAAGCCUGGACAUGCAGAAAUGCAGGGCUGCUGCUGGGGUGGGACUGUGCUGCUCUGCAAAGAGCCCUCCUGAGCACAGCAGUGCUGUGUGCCAUCACAGCUACCCCAGGCCCAGGUCCCCUUCUCUGCCCUCCCCAGGGCUGCCAGUGAAGGUGUCUGUUGUGCCCAGGAGCAGAGCACCCAGCCAGGGCCAUGCUGCAGUGUGGGCUGCAGGAGCUGCAGGUCAUCCCUGCGGGUAGAUAGGCACCAGGAGUGCAGGGCUGUGUCAACAGAUGCGCUCACAGCUUUUCCUGGUUCUCCUCAUCUAGCUGUAAGUGCUUUGCCUAGGAUAAAUGUCUGAACGCAUUUCUCUGCCCUCACACCUGUGCUGGUUCUGUGUCCCUCCCAGCAGAGCAGGGAUGCAGACUCCUCUUCCAUCCCACAACACGUCCUCGUGCUCCUGUCCCCACAAGGUCCCAGACCCGAGGGUGAUGCAGCCCAAGGAGCCACCGCUGCCCGAGCUGAAGCUCCGCCGACCUGUACAGCGGGGCAGGAUCCCGGCGCCCUUCAUGGACCCGGUACGUCACCGCACCGCUCCGCCAUCCCGCGCUCGUGUCCCUGCCCUUCCCCUUUGCACCAGGCAGGCCCGGGGGAACCGUGCUGCUGCACAGGGCAUGGCGGCAGAGCCGGCAGCACCCUGGAAAGACCCCCACGGCACCACCACCACGGUGGACCCUCUGGACGUGGACGCCUUGGUGCCCACGCACGAUGAGCGGGGCCGCGCCAUCCCUGAGUGGAAGCGGCAGGUGAUGGUGCGGCGGCUGCGGGCACGGCUGGCGGAUGAGGCGCCCACGUGUGAUCAGGUAGGGCCGGGCUGUGGGUGGGACACGGCUGGGUCCUGUGUGUCGCUGCAUCCUGAUGGCUUCCUGCCACAGGAGCCGGGCGCCUGGCGUUUCUCACCGUCCCAUGAGGCCGUGCUGGGGCCCUUUGGUGAGCUGCUGACUGAGGCCGACCUACAGCAGCUGGAGCGGGCGGUGGAGAGCCUGCGGCUGCGGCGCCGAGGAGAGGCCUACCAGGACGAGCUGCAGCGCCUGGCCCAAGAGCUGCGCGCCUUGCUGCCCUCCCCACUGCUCAGCAUCACUGUCCACAGCCCUCCUCCUGCCCCAGGGCAGCCCUUGCCGCUCUGGUGUGGCCGCCUGGCCGGCGUGGUGGGCAGCCUGGAAGCGCUGUUGGCCAAGGCUGAGGGGUUUCGUGGCAGCCCCACGCCCGCCCUGCCGCCCGCCCCGCUCCCCGCAGCCCUGCGGACGCCAUCAGGCAGUGUGGCACAGCGGGAGAUCCGGCAGUGCGGGGUGAGCGUGAGCAGCCUGCGCGGGGCCUUCGAGCGGCAUGGCGGCGGGGAGAGCGAGACCGCAGCGGUGGUGGAGGCCGCCAGCGACUCGGGGAUCAGCUGCGAAGAAGCGCUGUCAGAAGGCAGCGGCUCACCGGUGCCCGAGUCGGCCGGGCUGCGCAAGGAGCGCAUCGUGCUGCUCUUCCUCAGCCAUUGGAAGCGCUCGGCCGGAGGCCUCAACGCUUGGGCUGCGGCCUGCCGGGCGCUGCAGGCCCAGAGGGAGAGAGCGGGCGCUCCGGGUGAGGAGCAGGCGGGCAGGAGGGGCCGCCUGUCGCGGCAGUGCAGCGCCAUCCAGCAGCUCCUGGGCAGCUGGAGGGACGUGGCCGCCUGCCCCCCGCCACCGCUGCCCCCCACCGCGGGCGGCCCCCGCGCCCCGCUGUCCCCCGAGCAGUUCGUGCGGCGCGCGGACGGGACGCCGGCCGACUACGACAGCCUGACGCUGGAGCUCUUCAUGCUGGGCUACUUUCGCAUCCUGGAGCGGGAGCUGCCCCCCGAGGAGCGCCGCGGCCGCCACCUGCUCUGCUUCGAGGUGUUCGACCACCUGGGCCGGCACGGCUGGGACACAGCGCGCGCCUUCCACCGCGCCGUCACCGAUGAGAUCGCGGCCGGCCGGCGGGGCUGGGGGGACGGCUUCGAGGACAUCAAGGAGCGCUUCUUCGGCACUGCCAAGGGCUCGGCCUGGAGAGCGGGGGGAGCGGGGGGCAGCCCCCCGCAGAGCGCGUCCCGCCACGGGCGCAGCAGCCAGGAGGAGAUCUGCAGGUGCAUCGACCGCAGCUUCGCCUUCUGGAAGGAGAAGGAGGCCGAGAUCUUCAGCUUCGAGGAGUGACGCCUCACGACGCCCGUGGACGCCCUCUGUGCUUCUCCAAGGGCCUCAAUAAAAGCGUUUCAGUUUUGUCUCAAAAAAAAACUUCGGGAUGUUUUGCAGUGAUGGAGGAUGCCCUGCUGAGUGCCCCGGUGCCGUGGAGGCCCGGCUGCUCGGUGCCGGCUGCGCUGUGUCUGCUGCCACCCGCUGCGCUCCACCUCGGGGCUGAGAUACGAGCCUAUAUUUAACAGCCGGCCCC